UCUCCCGCUGCCGCAGAGCUCUACUACCUGAUCGCCCGCUUCCUGCAGUCUGGCCCCUGCAAGAAAUCCGCGCAGGUGCUGGUGGAGGAGCUGGAGGAGCACCAGGUGAUGCCCAGACGGGGCCUGUUGCCCUCAGACUUGAAGGAAGACGCGCAAAGCUACCGAAAUGCGGUGGCAGUCAAUGCACACAUCCCUCCGGAUUAUCUUCUUAGAAUCUGUGAGAGACUUGGACCCCUUUUAGACAAGGAAAUCCCACAGAGUGUUCUUGGAGUGCAGACUUUACUAGGUGUGGGACGGCAGUCUUUGCUAAGGGCAGCAAAAGACUUCAGGCAUACGCUAUGGAAGGGAUCUGCAUUUGCAGCUCUUCACAGAGGCAGGCCUCCCGAACUACCUGUCAAUUAUGGGAAGCCACCAAAUGUGGUAAAUAUAAUUUCUGCCAGGCAACUAACUGGAUAUGGACGCUUCAGCCAUUUGUUCCCAUCAUCCACCUAUCAAUACAUGAAGAUGCACAAGAGGAUUCUGGGGCACUUAUCAUCUGUGUAUUGUAUAGCAUUUGAUCGCAGUGGAAGACGUAUUUUCACAGGCUCAGAUGACUGUUUGGUGAAAAUCUGGGCUACGGAUGAUGGACGUCUGCUUUCAACAUUGCGAGGACACUCAGCUGAAAUUUCUGACAUGGCUGUUAACUAUGAAAACACGCUGCUUGCUGCAGGCAGUUGUGAUAAGGUAGUCAGAGUGUGGUGUCUUCGAACCUGUGCACCUGUUGCUGUUCUGCAGGGCCAUUCAGCUUCCAUUACUUCCAUACAGUUUUCUCCAGCAAGAAAAGGAACAACACGAUACCUCACUUCUACUGGUGCUGAUGGAACAAUCUGUUUCUGGCAGUGGCAUGCUAGUACAAUGAAAUUUAAGGAUCGUCCUGUGAAAUUUGCUGAAAGAUCACGACCUGGCGUUCAGAUAUCUUGUUCAUCUUUCAGUUCUGGUGGCAUGUUCAUUGCAACAGGUAGCACUGAUCAUGUGAUAAGAAUAUAUUAUUUGGGCUUGGAAUCUCCAGAGAAAAUUGCUGAGUUAGAGUCCCAUACGGACAAAGUGGUUGCAGUUCAGUUCUGUAACAAUGGUGACAGCUUAAGAUUUGUCAGUGGGAGCAGAGAUGGAACAGCAAGAGUAUGGCACUAUCAGCAGCAGGACUGGAAGAGUAUAGUCCUGGAUAUGGCUACUAAAAUGACAGGGAACAGCGUGGCAUCUGGGGAGGACAAGAUAACUAAGCUAAAGGUUACUAUGGUGGCUUGGGAUCGAUACGAUAGCACUGUCAUUACAGCAGUUAACAACUUCCUUUUGAAAGUGUGGAACUCAUCCACAGGGCAGCUUCUUCAUAGUUUAUCGGGCCAUGAUGAUGAAGUUUUUGUCUUGGAAGCUCAUCCAUUUGACCAAAGGAUCAUACUUUCUGCAGGUCAUGAUGGGAAUAUUUUUGUUUGGGAUAUUGACAAAGGAACCAAAAUUCGCAAUUACUUUAACAUGAUUGAGGGCCAAGGCCAUGGUGCUGUUUUUGAUUGCAAAUUCUCACCAGAUGGACAGCAUUUUGCUUGCACAGAUUCACAUGGACAUCUGCUAUUAUUUGGUUUUGGAUGCAAUAAAUAUUAUGAAAAGAUUCCAGAUCAAAUGUUCUUCCAUACGGAUUAUCGACCACUGAUUCGUGAUGCGAAUAACUAUGUGCUAGAUGAACAGACUCAACAGGCUCCACAUCUCAUGCCUCCUCCAUUCUUGGUGGAUGUGGAUGGAAAUCCUCAUCCCACAAGAUAUCAACGUUUGGUGCCAGGACGGGAGAAUUGUAAGGAUGAGCAACUCAUUCCUCAGCUGGGAUAUGUGGCUAAUGGUGACGGUGAAGUAGUUGAACAGGUGAUUGGGCAGCAAACCAAUGACCAGGAUGAAAGUAUUCUUGAUGGAAUGAUUAGAGAACUGCAGAGAGAACAAGAUCUGAGACUAAUUAACGAAGGCGAAACUGUCCCAAAUCCUCCGCUUAAUAGAUCCCACUCUGUUAAUGGUGCUCUCAGAAGUCCUAGUUUGGAUGUAGCAUCUCCACCAAAUGUUGGUCUCAGACGGAGUGGUCAGAUUGAGGGAGUCCGGCAAAUGCAUCAUAAUGCUCCUCGAAGUCAGAUGGCCACAGAGAGAGAUCUCAUGGCGUGGAGCAGGAGAGUGGUGGUGAAUGAGCUGCCUGCAGGGGUUAGCAGGGUUCAGGAAGAAUGCCGAGCUGCCAAAGGUGAAAAAGAAAUUGGUCUGUACAGUGUUGAAAAGAAGAGAAAGCCAUCUCACACCUCACAAAGGAAUGAUUAUCAGCCUGGCAGUGGACGAUCCCUGAGAAGAAACCAGCGCAAACGCCAGCAUGCCUACCAAACACGUUCCACCAUAGAACACAAUCAGCAAGGAGCAAGCCAGAAUGCACGUGUGCGGGAAGACUCAGAAAGCUCCUCUGAGGAAGAUGAGACAGUUGGUACAAGUGAUGCCUCCUUGGAUGAUCCUGUGGCUACAUGGCAAAGUGAAAGCAGUUCCAGUGAUUCAUCAAGUGAAUAUUCUGACUGGACAGCAGAUGCUGGAAUUAAUCUUCAGCCUCCAAAAAGACAAACCAGACAGGCAGCUCGCAAAAUUUGUAGCAGCUCUGAUGAUGAAAAUAUCAAGGAGUCUAAAGGAGUGGAAGAGAAAAGGAGGAAACCCAAACAGCCUAGAAAAAAGAAACCAAGUGGAUUACUCUCGAUGGAAGGUGAACCCAGUGAAGAGUGGCUUGCCCCCCAGUGGAUUUUGGAUACCAUACCCCGUCGUUCACCCUUUGUCCCACAGAUGGGAGAUGAGAUCAUAUACUUUAGGCAAGGCCAUGAAGCUUAUGUGCGUGCAGUAAGGAAGGCCAAAAUCUACAGUAUUAACAUGCAAAAGCAACCAUGGAACAAAAUGGAACUCAGGGAACAAGAAUUUGUGAAGACUGUAGGAAUUAAAUAUGAAGUUGGGCCUCCAACGCUCUGCUGCUUGAAGCUUGCAUUUCUAGAUCCAAUCACAGGGAAAAUGACUGGAGAAUCUUUUUCCAUUAAGUACCACGAUAUGCCAGAUGUUAUUGACUUCCUUGUGCUGCAUCAAUUUUACAAUGAAGCCAAAGAAAGGAACUGGCGGAUUGGGGAUAGGUUUCGCAGUAUAAUAGAUGAUGCUUGGUGGUUUGGAACUGUGGAGAGUCAGCAGCCUUUCCAGGCAGAAUAUCCUGAUAGUGCCUUCCAGUGCUACUGUGUUCACUGGGACAAUAAUGAAAGAGAGAGGAUGAGUCCUUGGGACAUGGAACCAAUUCCAGAAGGAACUGCUUAUCCAGAAGAGAUCGGUGCUGGAGUUCCUGUGACCCCAGAAGAACUAACAGCUCUGCUGUACAAACCCCAAGAAGGAGAAUGGGGAGCCCAUUCCAGAGAUGAAGAAUGUGAACGAGUUAUUCGGGGAAUUGGUCAACUGCUUUCCCUUGAAAUUGCUAACCCCUUUGCAGUUCCAGUGGAUCUUAGUGCCUAUCCCAUGUAUUGCACUGUAGUUGCUUAUCCAACUGACCUCAACACAAUCAGGAAGAGACUUGAAAACAGAUUUUAUAGGAGAAUCUCAGCAUUGAUGUGGGAGGUACGAUACAUUGAACACAAUGCUAGGACUUUCAAUGAGCCAGAUAGUCCUAUAGUUAAAGCAGCCAAAAUUGUAACAGAUGUCUUAUUACGCUUUAUUGGGGAUCAGAGUUGUACUGAUAUAUUGGAAAUAUAUAACAAAGUGAAAGCGGAAGACCUAAGCAGUACAGAUGAAGAGGAGGAGGUGGCAGAAGUAGAUGUGGAUUCAGAUGCUCCUGGAACCUCCUCUGGGAAAAGAAGAGUAAGACGGCCAAUAAAAAGGCAACAUGUCAAAGCAAGCCCUGAUGCUUGGAAAGAGCAAUGCAAACAAUUGUUAAACUUAAUUUACGAACGUGAAGACUCUGAGCCUUUUAGGCAGCCAGUUGAUCUCUUUUCCUAUCCCGACUACCGAGAUAUUGUAGACACUCCUAUGGACUUCAGCACUGUGAAAGAAACUUUGGAAGCUGGAAACUAUAUGAGUCCUCUGGAAUUUUACAAGGAUAUUCGCUUAAUAUUCUGCAAUUCAAAAGCUUACACUCCAAAUAAAAAGUCACGGAUCUACAGCAUGACACUUAGACUAUCUGCCUUAUUUGAAAAUCACAUGAAGAACAUUAUCGCUGAAUACAAGUCUGCAGUGCAGCAUCAGAAGAGAAAGCGGCCACGAUACCGAAAACGACUAAGAAGCAGUAGUAGUUCACCAUCUAGCAGCAGAGCAUCCAGCCCUAAAGGGAAGCAGAAACAAAUGAAGAUGCAGCCUAAAACCAACCAGAAUACCUCACUGCCUUUGACUAGGACUAGUUCAUCAGUUUCAUCUCAUGUUUCAGAUACUACAGAGGAACCUCUGGGUCCAGCUGUUGGCGAGAGAGAGGGCCAGCCCUCUUCCUCUGGCUCAAAUGCACAGAACCGAAGUGGAAACAAUGUUGAUCCAGGGAAAAACAGGCCUGUCAGGAGUAAAGCCACACCAGUUAAGCAAGAUCUCUCCUCUGAUGGACCACUUACAAAUGGUGAUGGCAGAGAGCCUCGGGUAGGAGUUAAGAGAAAAUUAAUAAGUGCAUCGGAAGAGGAUGAGCAUCUAGAGGAGGAGGAAGCAGACAAGAAGAGAGAAUUGAAAGAAAAAUCUGGCUUAUCUUCAUCAGGAAGUGGGGAGUCGGAAUCCAGUUCAAGUUCUGAAAGUAGAUGCGGCUCCGACUCAGACUCUGAAUCAACAUCUAGGACAGAUCAGGAUUAUAUUGAUGGAGACCAUGACUAUAGCAAAGUUGUACAAACUAAACCCAAAAGAAAAAUGAAGAGAAAAAUUGCCAAUGGGAAAAGAAAUUGGCAGGGCAGAGGAACAGGAAGGAGAGGUAGAUGGGGCAGAUGGGGUAGAUGGAGCAGAGGGGGAAGAGGUGGGAGAGGAGGAAGAGGCUGUGGCAGAGGAAGAGGAGGAGGCAGGGGAGGACGAAGAGGCCGAGGAGGUAGAGGAGCCUCCCGAGGAGCUGCCAGAGCCAAACGUGCACGAAUUGCUGAUGAUGAAUUUGAAAAUCUAUUUGGAGGACAAUUUGGUGAAAAUAUGUUUGGAGGGCGAUUCAGUAGACCACCCCGAAUUAAAACAAGGAACGAGGGCAGGAGAACUGUAUUAUAUAACGACGAUUCUGACAAUGACAAUUUUGCGCACACCGAGGAUCCUCUGAACCUUGGUACUUCCAGGUCAGGUAGGGUGCGGAAAAUGACAGAAAAAGCCAGGGUCAGCCAUCUUAUGGGAUGGAAUUAUUAACAGAUGAAAACUUUGGAACAAUUUUAAAAGAACUUCAAUGGCCUUCUACUGCAGGGAUUUUAUCAGAACAUCUACCAAGCAAGUUGUGGGGGGACUCCACUCACUUAUCACAGUGGUGCUUUUCCAUUAUGUCAGUAUGCAUUUGUUUUAAGACUUCAGAUCGCCACACUUCAUUGGUCAAAAUAAGCCUUAUUCAUUAGGCCUUAAAUUACAGAAUUUCUUCCCCACACUACAACUCCAUUACAUUAAAGGAGCUUCCAGCUUCUCAAUAACAGCAUGACAUUUUGAAUUAUGAUUAUGAAAUCUCUCCCUUGUUUUGUUUUUGUAUUAUAGAUAUAGCACCUUCUUACAGAGUUUUUAUAUGGUUUCUGCCAUAAAUCCUUAUACACAGUAAUAAUUAUAACUUUUGCACAAUACACCAAUCCUAAAGGCAGCUAUAAAAUGUUUACAGUUUCUAUAUUGUAAGAAGGAUCUGGAUUAUUUUAAACUUCCCAGGCCAAACUUUCAUGAAUUGUGCUGAACUGAAGUAUGCUUAUACUACAGUUAUAGGGGUCCUGAUCUGGUCUUUAUUGGUUCUUCAUUCAUGUAACAAGUGAGAAAGGGUUGGUGCCUUGUAAAUAUGUAGCAAACCUUUGAUGUGGUGUGUCCUCAUGUGUGCAUUAACUUUAUUAAAAAGAGAAUACUUGAGAAGUAUCUAGACAAAAGGUGCCAAAUGCAAAAGUUACUUGCAUCUAUUUUCUUUUUGUCCUCUCAUAUUUUUAUAGCAUUAAUAGAGAUUGUGCAGCUAAGGGGUAACUUCAGCAUUUGAAAGGUUUCUCCUCUUCAAAGCAUUAUGUGAUUUUUAAUAGUAGCUCAGCUACCUCUAUUCACAACUACUGGAAACCUAAAAGAAAAUAGAUGCUAUUAUGCAGUACUUAUUUGAAGAAGAGGUAAGAGGGAGUAUAGCAGGGAUGGAAUUGCUUAUUAAUGUUGGAAGUAACCAGUAUUUCAUGAUACUGAAACAAACAUUAAUAAUUUUCAAAGUUUUCACAACUCUCAGAAGCUUGGAGUAGUUGGUCAUUUCAUCUGUAAAGAUAGCCCAACAGUCUCCCUCACAGUUUCUGCUACUGUUUAUUCAAUGCAAAUCUGUGUUUCAUUUCAGUACGAUCUUUGACAGUUUUAAGAAGCAUAAACUGAGCUAUGGUGUGUCUGCUGGUUGCUCUUAUUUUGUAUCAUUAGUGAUAAGUUUUCAUUCUUAUUGUUGAAGCGGAUUCUUGUAUCUCAAGCUUCCAGAAAAUAAUUCAUGUUUGCACUGUAUUCUUACCUUUCAUUAUACUGAAAAAUAAUAAUUUAAAGAUGGAGGUUGUGGUGGUAGAAAUAAUGUAGUAUCACAAUACAGUAUGAUGUUAUGAGGGAUAUUUUAAGUUUAUAUGAUCACUUUGUAGUCUGGCUCCUUAGAGUCUGGCAGAAAGAUAUGUGGGGCUUUCUAUCUUUGUUCUAAAUUAUACUUAACUGGCCUCUGACUUGAGCGGCAUAGAGAUAGCCAAUGAAGAGAGAGGAAACUGGAAAAU